UUCUCUCCCCAUUCUUAUAUUGCCCUGCAACAUGUCAUACUGUGUACAAGAAGGGAAAGACAAAGUUGUAAUAGCAACUGUAGAGGACCUGAACCAGCCUUGUAAAGCCAAUAUUGUUAUAGAAAAACCCAAAGACGAACCAGGAGCUAUAUUACCUGAUGGUUCUAUAAACUGGGAUUGUCCAUGUAUUGCUAGAGAUUUAACUGGACCUUGUGGUUACCAGAUGAGACAGGCUUUAGCAUGUUACACUGAAGGGGCCGCGUCUCCAGAGUGUCGGGAGAAACAUUUAGAACUACAAGACUGUUUACAAAGUCAUGCUGGGUUAUACCCCUGGGUGAACGACGAAGACGGGAGUGUAGAAAAGGAGGCAGUCAGAAGGGCAGAGGAUAUGAUAAGUGAGGCGGAAAAGAAAUCCUGACAAAAAACUGUAUUAACAAUUUUAUAUUCUUGUAUUAUAAAAUGUAAUUUCUUA